CCGGUCAGUCUACAGCCUUCGUAGGUGCCGAUACGUCUCGUGAUUACCGGUUCAAGUCGAUGUUCGGCCUGCCAACAAUGCGAUCUACGUCAAAUUUUCCCCAGGGCUGAGAUCCGUUUGGUUCGCACCGAAUUUUAUUAUGCCAAUCGCUCCUCCGAAUCACUGGCACGAUCACAGUCAGUUUGGAACUUAAAGUAACAGGAUUGGUAGAGGAAAAUAAUCACCACUGGGCGGAUUAAUGAUAACGUCAAAUUCACCACGCAGAACAAGAACUUGUGAGGAUGGGGUCGCUGGAUAAGCAUCCAUCUUCACUGAAUCCUUCCAAGGCUUCAGACUCGGCCUCUUGAAGUGAUGCGUGGUGAGUUGGAAACGUUUUAAAAACAAAAAGUCCCAAUUUUAAAGAAGAGAAUGUGCUCUUUUAUGAACGUUUGUGCUCCUCCGAGGCAGCAAAUGUAAAAAAAUUAUGACCGGAGUCUUUUAUUUGGAAGAUAACCUGGAGCAAUUCAGAAGAAGCAGACAGCCAGUUGUCCGUGUAAGGGUGACAGUUGUUGGUAGGAGAAGAUUCCCAUGCCUGAGAACUCUACUUCUCAUAUUCGCUAUGUUCUUCCUCUGCCUCCAACUCCACGUCUCCAAUCUGACGGGGAGGGAGUCUUCCACAGAGCCCGUCAACGACUCCGCAGUCAUCCUCAGCAUGGUGCCGCAGGUUCUUCAUAAAUUUUUAAAUGCUAAACCGAGAAAUAUAAGCAACCUAGCAAAUGGCACAUUCGGGAACCAGACGGAUUAUAAGAACAUACCGAUACCAGAGAUACUACGAAAUAUUUAUAAAUACAAUAAUGCACAAACUGUUCACAACGAAGAUAUAUUUGGACCAAUACAGAACGACACUCUAAUCAUCGUUAUUCAGAUACAUACAAGAAUAGUUUAUCUAAGGCAUCUGAUAGUAUCUUUGGCACAAGCAAGGGACAUAGAUACUACACUCAUCGUCUUCUCUCACGACUACUACGACCCAGAGGCAAAUGAGUUGGUCCAGUCAGUGGACUUUGCAAGGGUCAUGCAAGUUUUCUACCCGUACUCUAUUCAGACUCAUCCCAACACUUUUCCUGGACAGUCUAAAGGAGAUUGCCCUCGAGAUAUUAACUAUCAACAUGCCCAAAUUUUAAAAUGCACUAAUGCUGAUCACCCAGACUUGUAUGGACACUACAGGGAAGCGAAAUUCACUCAAACAAAACAUCAUUGGUGGUGGAAGGCAAACAGAGUUUUUGAUCAGCUUGAAGUAACGAGGAACCAUACAGGGCUUGUACUGUUUCUUGAAGAAGACCAUUAUGUGGCAGAGGACUUCAUUUACAUCCUGAGGCAAAUGCAAGGUGCCUGCAAUGUGGCAUGUCCACAAUGCAACAUCCUCUCUCUUGGAACGUACCUCAAGACUUACAACUAUUACGGUCACACAAAACAGAAAGAGGCACUGCGUGCUCUCAAACGACACCAGGCACUCUCAGCUGCAGCUGUUCCGCCUUCGUGGGGCUUCCACAUCUUACCAUCACUCUAUCAGCACUAUCAUAAGGCCGAGGUAACUCCUUGGGUAAGCAGUAAACACAACAUGGGGAUGGCGUUCAACAGAUCCGUAUGGAGUGAGCUGAGAAGAUGUGCUCAGCACUUCUGCUCCUACGAUGAUUACAACUGGGACUGGAGCCUUCAACAAGUAUCACUGCAGUGCUUGAGGGUCAAGCUUACUGCAAUGGUCAUGCGAGGACCAAGAGUCUUCCAUAUUGGAGAAUGCGGAGUCCAUCACAAGAAAAAUAACUGCGAGAGCACUGCUGUGAUAUCAAAGGUUCAGAAAGUACUGGCGAACGCAUCCCGCCACCUCUUUCCGUCUCACCUCACAGUCACUUUCACGACAGUGUCGAAAAAGAACAAGCUCAGGAAAGGCAACGGGGGAUGGGGAGACGUACGAGACCACCAGCUUUGCAUGAACAUGACACUCCCGGUUAAUCAUAGUUAGCCCAAGUAGCCCACGCUUCACAGCCCGCGUAUCAGAGACGGGUUUUGAAGUGUGGCAUGCUGAAACAGUUUUUUGAGUCAAACAUUCCUCAAAGGCUUUUUUAUUUCCUUUAUCGAAGAAAUGUCGCAACAGGAAAAUUUGCUUUUGAAAAUAAUUUAACGUGUUAUUCGGCAAAAAAAAAAAAAAAAAAGAAUAAAACUAUCAUAGUAUUAAGUACCAACAAAUCAUAUAGAACAAACUUAGUUGCAAGUAG